AUGAUAAUAGCAAAUACAGAAAUCUUCAUAAUUCAGAUGUCUUUCUUCGUUUACUUUCUUUUGUUCUUACCACUUGUUGUACUAGUACUAGGAACCGAUGAUGAUUGUAUGCCAACCAGUUGCAGAAAACAUGGCCCGACAAUUCAGUUUCCUUUCAGACGUAAAAAUCAGCAACCUGAACGUUGUGGCUAUCCAGGUUUUGAUUUAUUCUGCGACUAUAAAAACGAUACCGUGCUCGUGCUCCCGUUCUCGGUUAAUGUUAUAGUAAAGAAAAUCAACUAUGCAUCUCAAAGAGUUGAUGUUUAUGACCAAGAACAAUGUUUUCCGCAAAAGUUACCACAUCUAAACUUAUCUGCUUCCCCUUUCCAUUUCUUGAUAAAGUUCUUAGAAAACUGUACCCUGUUCAAUUGUUCUGAUCCACCACAACUAAUGGAUUAG